AAGUUUUAUUUAACAUUACCGUCCCGCGAUUGUUGAGCGUUUUGUGUAUCGAUGUACGCUACUUUUUCAACAAGUGAAAUUAUUUUUGAUUUUAUUAUUGUGAAGAUUUAAUUGUAUUUAUAAAAUAAUAACAUGUCUGACGUAGAUUCAUCAGAUGAUGUUAGUCGUAAACGGAUCAAAUUAUCCACUGAAGAGGAGCUUCAAUCACCUGACGCUGUUGCUGAAGACUUGAGCGCACACACUAGAAUAAACUCUUUCAGUGACUUUAAAAUGCGUGAAGUUUUAUUCGACAACAAAGAAUCUAAAUCUAUAUUUGUAGAGGGCUCAUUCGAUCCUGUUAGUGAUAAAGCUGUUUUGCUACUUGAGAAGUCUUCUUUUGAAAAAGAAAAUGUUGAAAGAUUUCUGAAGUCUGCCGAUCUAGCUUUAAAUUUAAAGCCAAGUGUUGCCUCCGAACCGAAUGAAGUAAAUUAUGCUUGCUAUCCUAAUGUUGAAAGAGGAGACAUCAUAGCUACAGUUAUUUGUCCUGCGACUAACAAGCAUAUUGAAAAAUAUACUGAGCAACAUAUGUUUGUCGUCCAUGAAACUCCAGAUGCAUACAAAACUGUUGUUCUGCCCUAUAUUGAAUCUCAAAAAUUUUCAAUUCAAUGGGUUUAUAAUAUUUUAGAGCAUAAAAGUGAAUCUGAGAGGAUAACGUUUGAAGAUUCUGACAAAGAUCUGGGAUUUAUAUUGAUUCCAGACUUAAAAUGGAACGAUGUCAAGAAGGGUUCUAUUUAUCUCCUUGCUAUGUGUCAUACAAAAAACAUUAAGUCUCUAAGAGAUCUCACUGUAUCUCAUCUUCCAUUGUUGAACAACAUUAAGACUAAAGGAUUAGAGGCAAUUUCAAAGAAAUACAGCAUUGUUCCUGAAAAACUUAGAAUAUACCUACAUUAUCAGCCAUCCUAUUAUCAUCUGCAUGUUCAUUUCACAAGUGCUGACACAGAUGUGCCUGGAAAUCAGUUUAAUAGGGCUCAUUUGUUAGACACUGUCAUUAACAAUAUAGAACUAAGUGCCUCCUAUUAUCAAGAUGUGACAUUAACUUAUUUGCUGAGAGAAAAUGAUCCUUUGCUUCAGAAAAUGAAAGAAGCUGGUUUUGUUGAUAAAUAAAAUGUCAUAUUUGGUCAAAUUAAAAUGUCGUAUCAUACAUCUUUAUAGAACUGGGUGAUAUAUCGAUAUUUUUUGUGUAUAAUUUUUGUUUAUAUUCUCACGAUCUAUGAACGACUAUAAACGUUCAAGGCCAUAAUGUUGUGAGUAUUAACAAUAAUUAUAAAUUCACUGAUGUAAAGAUCAUUAUCGAUAAUGAAAAAUAUUAAAUUUCAUAAUGUCACAAUCAUUAUUGAUAAAGAUAAAUAGAAAAUUAGAUAAUAUCUCACAAAUUAUUGAUAAUGAUGAUUAUCAAAUUGAUGCAUUUCAUUUGGGUACAAAUGUAAAAAUAUUGUAAAUUAUAUAAAUAGUAAAAAUAAAACACUGGAUUAUAAAUUUUCGAGAAUAUAUUGCAACAUUAUAAUUCCAGUAUCACCCAGCAUUAAUCUCUUAUUUUGUUUUUGAUGCAUAUAUCUAUACAAGUGAACAUGAGCUUCUGUAUCCUUGCAAGGAAACAACAUUGCGAAGAAUAAUUUCUUUUAGUAAAUCGGUUUGAUCGAGAAAAAUUUAUAUGAGAUUCUACUAAUUAAUUUUACUCAAUUGAGCUGAUUAAUUUGUGAUCUACUAUGUUCUUGGUUAAUCUGAACAUUAAAGCUUUUGUUUGUAGAAAGCUUGACUAUUGAUGUAUAUUUUUUACGUUCUAUUUUCUCUUAGAAUGAAUAUCAUAAAAACCACUUUAGAAAUUUUUUUUUAUAUUUAGUUCUUAAUCAUGUAGUACAAUUACUUAUGAAUCACAAAGUUUAAAGGAGCUUUUAUUUAUUAGAGAUCUGAUUUGUUGAUUUCAAAUGUGUGUUCAUUUUAAUUUUCUGAGUAAUUGAAUACCAACUUUUCUCCAUUUAAUUUUGGUAAAAAAAUCAUGGAAAAGAAAAUAAUUUUAAAAAGUUUUUUGUUUUAGUUAUUUUUUUAGGUCCUCUGCUUAGUUAAAAAUUGCUGCAUCACCAUCGCAUAAUUUUAAAAAUAUUUCCACAUAGUAUAGGGCUCUAUUUAUCCAAAAUAAAUAGUGUACAAAUAAUAUAUGAUAGUAGAAAUCUUCCCAAUUUGUUGAUUUAGUGUUUAA